AUGAAGUGCCAGGCGAUAUAUCCAGUUGGAACAUCAAGAAAUGGUGGAAGUGCAAUUGGAAUAACUAUAUGCAUUAUUACAUCGCUCUUCAAUGUUAUGUCUAACAGUACACUGGUGUACUCCUUAGUUAAACUGAAGCUUCUGCACAAAGCUACUUUCAUCUUCUACUUCUUUAUGACUCUGUCUGACCUGCUCAUUGCCGCAUUCCUGCAGCCGAUGGUCAGUUACAUUGAAACUGUUUCGAAGCAGUCAUGCACCAUCACCGAUAUUGUCGGCCAGUUCUUGGCUCUCACUCUAUGUGAGUUUUCCGGCUUGAUGAUUACCCUCGUUGCCAUUGACAGGUAUUAUCAGAUCGUCCUGGUACAAAACUACGUCACAUUCAUGAGUAAAAGCAAGGCACUAGUUCUCGUCUUGUUGGCAGCCAUCAUUUGCACCAUUGUUGGCACAGUUUCCGUCAUUGCAUCAUUCUGGCUUUUUAUCUAUGAAUUUCUUUUAUUCCUAUCUGUCUCCAACGCCAUGAUUCUGCUAACAGUUUGCAUCACAUAUCUUAAAGGCUAUCGUGAGCUCCAUAGCAGGGUUACUGCCUCGAACAGAGCGAUAGAGAUUCGUAUCGCACGACACAUAGCAGCUCUGCUAGUAGCCAUGAGCGUCUGCUACAUCCCAACAUUCGCUGCCCAGCCAUUGUGGGUGUAUAGCAAGUACAAAGCAAAACACGGACCAAGCACUACAGUCACUUUGUUUGUUUCUUCUGUCGCUCCACUUGUCAUCGUAAACUCAAUCUUAAACACAAUUAUAUUGAAUAAAACGGCUAUUUUGUGUCUAACUUGA